ACUGAGUCCGCGGCUGGGGAGAAGUGGGAGGCGGUGGCGCUGGGCUCCGCUAGAGGUGGCGAUGCUCUGGAUUCCUGGACCAAUCUCAGCUGCCCUUGGAGCCCAGGCUUGCUUCCCAGAGCCCUGCCUUGUCUCAAAGAGAAGACAACAAUGACCAAGUUACAGGAGGCAGUGACAUUCAGGGACGUGGCCGUCAUCUUCAGUAAGGAGGAGCUGAGGCUGCUGGACGCCACCCAGAAGAAGCUGUACCAUGAUGUGAUGCUGGAGAACUUGAGGAACCUCCUGGCAGUGGGAGGCCAGAGUCCAAAUAAGAUGGAGACUGUUGAUGCAACAGGAUUAAGGUGCCUUUUACUGGGGCAGCUUCUAUGCUGGGAAAUAACAAGCCAUGAUAUCAACAAAUUAGCCAGAGCUUCAGACGCUGUAGUCAACACUCAGGGAAAGGGUUCUCACUUCCUGAAGCAAUGUCACUCCUCCUGCCACAGGCUAUCAGAAGAGCCUCCCCAGACUUCUGACGAUGACAGUUCUCUUGAUAGUCUGACAAGUGACCAUUCUAGCAUUAUUGAAAAUCAGGAAUUUCUGUCUGGGAGAGCCCAGGGUUCUUGGAGUAAAAGACAUCUUAGGAAAAGACAGAAACAACGUCUGCAGACUCUGAUGAAAAACAAGCCACAGCUGUCGGCUCAGUAUUCUCCUGUACAUAGUACACAGGAGGACACCAGGCAUAGCUUCAGUGUUCCAGAUCAACAAAGCAGUCAUCCAGGAAGGAAGCGCUACUGGUGUCAAGAGUGUGGCAGAGGUUUCAGGCAAAGUUCAGUACUUCAGACUCACCAAAGAGUGCACACGGGGGAGAAGCCCUACAGGGGCAACAGCUGUGGGAAAAGCUUCAGUUGUAGCUCUGAUCUCAGCAUCCACUGCCAAGUGCACACUGGAGAGAAACUUUACAAGUGUGAAGUGUGUAAAAAGGGCUUCAUGCAGUGGUCACACCUCCAGGCUCACAAGAGAAUUCACACAGGAGAGAAGCCAUAUAAGGGUGGAGACUGUGGCAAGCGGUUCGGCUGCAGCUCGAACCUUCACACCCACCAGAGAGUCCACACUAAGAACAAACCUUACAAGUGUGAUUAUGGGAAGCCCUUCAGCUUGAGAUUUAACCUCCACAGCCAUCAGCGGGUCCACACAGGAGAGAAGCCAUAUAAAUGUGAAGAGUGUGGGAAGGGUUUCAGUUCAGCCUCAAGCUUCCAAAGACACCAGCGGGUCCAUACAGGGGAGAAGCCGUUUGUCUGCAAUGUCUGUGGGAAGGACUUCAGUCGGAUCUCAUAUCUUCAGACUCACCAGACAGUGCACACAGGGGAGAAGCCCUAUCAGUGUGACAGCUGUGGGAAGGGCUUCAGCUGUAGCAGGGAUCUCAACAUCCAUCACCGAGUACACACUGGAAAGAAACCUUACAAGUGUGAGGUGUGUGAGAAAGGCUUCACACAGAGAUCACACCUUCAGGCCCAUGAGAGAAUUCACACAGGAGAGAAGCCAUAUAAGUGUGGAGACUGUGGCAAACGCUUCAGCUGUAGCUGGAACCUUCACACCCACCAGAGAGUCCACACGGGAGAGAAGCCCUAUACAUGCCAGGAGUGUGGUAAAGGCUUCAGUCUUUUCUCUAGUCUACAGGCUCAUCAAAGAGUCCAAACUGGCAAGAAACCAUUUAAAUGCAAUGCAUGCCAGAAGCGAUUCAGUCAGGCCUGGAACCUCCAUGCCCACCAGAGGGUGCACACAGGGGAGAAGCCCUACAAAUGUGACACGUGUGGGAAAGCCUUUGGCCAGAGGUCUGGUCUCCAAAUCCAUCAGAGAAUUCACACUGGGGAAAAGCCAUUCAAGUGUGAGGAGUGUGGAAAGAAAUUCAGCUUAAAUUCAGGACUUACUGCUCACCGGAGGGUCCACACGGGAGAGAAACCCUAUGAAUGCAAGGACUGUGGGAAAGGCUUCAGUCUUGCCUCAAGUCUACGGACUCAUCAGAGAAUUCACACUGGCGAGAAGCCCUUCCAAUGCAAUCAGUGCCAGAAGCGAUUCAGUCAGGUCUCACACCUCCAGUCCCACCAGAGGGUUCACACCGGGGAGAAGCCCUACAAAUGUGACACGUGUGGGAAAGCCUUCAGCCAGAAGUCUGGUCUCCAAGUCCAUAAGAGAAUUCACACUAGGGAGAAGCCAUUCAAGUGUGAGGAGUGUGGGAAGGAAUUCAUCUGGAGCUCAGGGCUUAGUGCUCACCGGAAGGUUCACACAGGAGAGAAACCGUACACGGGUCAGCAGCAUGGGAAGGGCUUCAUCAGGCCUCAUACUUGCAAUUAACAGUCUGUUCCAAUGUAAACAUAGCAGGAGCAUUAUAUCAAGUCUGUGAGAAAUUAAUUGGAAACAAAAUAUAAGCUAGUAUACAGUGAGAAAAAGCAUUAUGACACAUGGUGAAAUUAUACAAUUAGGCAAAUAGCAUUCUGAUAGGAAAUGAUACAUAUAGAUUUAUAUUUAACAAUUUUAUAUUCCCUA